UUUGAUUCUGUUUUUGGUGUUAAAAUCAUCAUAAAUAACAAAAUUACCUAAUACCUCGAUUAUGUGGAAACAUUUUUGUUCAUCAAUAAAAGUUCGUGAUAAACGAUUUUUUUCCACAAAUGUUAAUAUAUUUAGUGAAAAAAUUAAACGAUUACAACGUGAUCGAUCAUUUUCCAGUCCAGAUUUUGAACUUUAUAAUUAUUUGAAAGAUGAGAUAGCUUUUCGAGUUGCCGACAGGAUAUUUGAUAUCAAAAGGCGAUUCUCAUUCAUUGUCGAUCUUGGCACUUACAAAGGUCUUCUUGGUUCACAUCUGACCAGGGAAACUGUUGAUUGUAUUUUACAUUGCUCUUCGUCUUACAAAUCAUUGGAAUUAAUCAAAAAUCGAAAUGAUAUUGAGAUACAAAAAUUAUUCAUCAACGAAGAAGAUUUUAUACUACAGGAAAACAGUGUGGAUAUGAUCAUCUCUAGUCUAGAUCUUCAUUGGAUAAAUGAUUUGCCAAGACUUUUUUCAAACGUCUUUCAUUCGCUUAAACAAGAUGGUAUAUUCAUAGGAUCAAUGUUUGGUGGACAAACAUUAUUUGAACUUAGAUGUUCAUUGCAAAUGGCUGAAAUCGAACGAGAAGGUGGUUUCGGAUUGCACAUAUCACCGCUAAUCACCGCACAAGAUAUCGGCUCGUUAUUGAAUAGAUCGGGAUAUACGAUGUUAACAAUUGAUACUGAUGAGAUAGUUGUACAUUACCCAACCAUGUUCGAAUUAAUGUACGAUUUGAAAGGAAUGGCAGAAAAUAAUGCUGCCAUUCUAGCAAAGACACAUUUGAAUAGAGAUUCGUUGUUGGCCGCAGCUUCCAUAUAUCAACAUCUUUAUGGAAUAUCAAGUGAAAAACAUAAAACAUUCAAACCAGAUGAUGAUAUAAAUUCAUGUAUACCAGCCACUUUUCAAAUAUUCUAUUUCAUCGGAUGGAAGCCACAUCCUUCACAGCCAAAACCGGCCAAACGUGGCAGUGCAACAGUUUCAAUUAAAGAUAUACCUAAUUUAGAUAAAUUGUUCAAAAACAAAGAAAUUUUUGAUAAAAAUUAA